UUUUUUUGUUCUUCCCCAAACAUCAUGCCAUGUCCGUACACUCAUAAUCUUCAUCCAGAUUUUCUUCUUUCACAAUUUUCUGGGUUUGUAGUAGUUUGACACUUCGAAUUUGAUUCAAAACCCCUUAUCGGUCGAUCGGUUAUAUAAUUAAGGAUGCCUUUUCCAUGGAAGAAGGUGAAGAAAACAAGCAUUUCACAAUUGGUGAAGGAUCAUGUAAAUUCUCAAAGUGGAUCUCCUCUAAUGGUGGAAACUGGUUUUCCAACUUCUCUUGUCGAUUUUGUUGUCAAGAAUCGCCGAAGAUUCAAGAAAUCUUCCAAGAAAAAAAUGGUUGACGACCCUUUGUUCGUUCUAAAUCCCCCUUCGUCUGUAACGUUACCCUCUACUUCUGAAUUCAUGAUUGAUGAUAAUGAAGUUCCUCCUAUGAUCCGUGUACCAGAAGUGGAAGGUGACAAACCUGAAUCUCGCAAGAUGAACGACGAGAAAGAGUGGGGUUAUGGUUGUCUCAGUAUGAAUCAGGGGUUGGUGGCCGUUCUGAAGAUGUUUCUCGUGGCGGCAUUGGUUUUAGGGAUGAACAAUCUUGUUGUGGGGGUAACCAUGUCAGCUUUCUUAUUGUUUUUCUUGGAAUAUUUAGGAGAACGUUUGUAUGGCUUCUUUUAUAAGGCACCUUUGGAGCUGUCGAAGGAUGGUUGCUCUGACUUUCGAUUUCAAAUUCAAGAAAUUGAGGCUGCACAGGGAACUAAUAAGAUUGAGGAGGAGAGUAUUUGGGAUGGAAAAGGUAAAUGUGUAGGGCUAGAUGUAAUAGAGAAAGGAGAGGAGUAUAGAUAUGAUUUAUGUGAAUCCAAAGAAAAGAAAUCUCACCGGGCAAAGAUGAAGUCGAAAAUGAAGAAACUUGUUCUGAAGAAGUUCAGAAAGAAAAAAGGUUCAGCAUUGGAGCGUCCUAUGCUCCUGGAUGACAUAGAUUACGUUAUUGAAGGAAAGAAGGAAACUGAAGGUUCCAGUGAACAAAAAAUGCCAUCCAAUAGCAUAGUGUCAUCAGUGGCAAGUAGCAUAGAUGAUAAGACAGAUAUUGUUGAGGUAGUUGGUAAUGCUGGAGUGGCAUCUGAAGUACUUACUGAUGCUAGUAUUGAAGAAUCAUUUAAUGGUACUGAUGACAAGGCAACCAUUGUUGGGGAAGAAGAAUUGACGGGAAGAGAGCAUAGUUCUAUGUAUAUUGCUCUCCUUUUGGUUGUUCUAGUCGGCCUUAUUGGAGGUCGGGUUCUUGCACUUGUUUUUACUUUAUCAUGUUGCCUGAUGUUGAAACGAGGUGAAGGAAUAGGAAGAUUCACAAAAUUGCCCGUGAUGAGGCGUUUCACAAAAAAGUUCUGUUAGAAUUUAUUAACUCAUUCAUAGAAGCCCUUGAAAGUAUGUUCAUAGUGUUGUGUGAAGUGCUUUUCAAGCCUUCCUUGAUCUUUUGAGCUUACUUUGAUGGAGAGUUCAACCUUUGGUUGGCCACUACCAUUGGUCUUGUUUUAUGUACUGUAAAGUUACUCAAAUAAGAUUAACUUUGUGA